AUGCCAGAAGUUUGCACCAUUUCCAACACAUUCAGAAGUCUGCAGCUGACUGGCCCUGCCUAUUCCAUCAAGCCCUACCCAAGAGCAGAUAAGCCUAUGGAUCUGAAGGCGACCACCUACCAUGAAGGUGCGCCCCGAGUGGACACCACACUCCUGGGACACGCAGUGAAAGAUGGAGCGACUGGGCUCCCUAUGAUGCCAGCUUGGCGGGACGCGUAUCCCCAUGGCUCAAACCAGACAGCCCGGCCGGUACCCACGAUGAAGCGUCCAGUUCUCGAGUGGGAGCCGGUCAUCCACGUUGGUGCCCAUGAGCAGGCAGCUGGGCUGCUACAGGUGCCAGGGCGGUUCACCCGGCAGCGGCUUGGGCUCCACAUCCCAGGCGUCCAGCACGAACACCUGCGCCCCGCGCGCCUGCCUGGCACCAGCGCAGGUGCAGCGCGAUGCAACAGAUCUGGCCUGGGACCUCGCCGCCAGUGCCAGGUCCGCAGGGCGGCCGAAGCACCGGUGCUGACACAGGUCCAAGGCAUAGGCCUCGCAGAUCUCGCUGCUGUUGUUGGUGAUGAAGACUAG